GUACCAUUUUAAAAUCGGUCAUGGGAAUGGUCUGCUACUUCACGUGUGUCACGUACGGUCCUCGCGCCCAACAUGGCGGCGCCCGGUGAAAGUCUGAACUGUGAGGACUUUUCAAUGUUUCAGGAGACACUAAAGAUUAUGCGCACCAUCGAUGAUCGGAUAGUGCAUCGGCUGAACACCACGGUUCCCACAGCCUCCUUCAAGGGGAAGGUGGAUGCCAGACAGACCUGUGAGGAGCUCUAUGAAUCUCUAAAGAAAGCCCACGAGAGCCGGGACGGGGCCAUUAAGACCUGCAUAGCACAGACUUUGACAACAGUGAACCAUCUGCGAGAGGAGAGGGACAAAGAUACUGACAACCUCACGCUGAUCAAGCAACUCAGAAAUGAACAGACAAAGUUAAAACUCAUGCAGUCAGAGCUCAGUGUUGAAGAAGUGGUCAAUGAUCGCAGUCUAAAGGUGUUCCAGGAAAGGUGUCGAGCCCACUACAGCCCUCCUAAGGCCUAGUGAGCCUCUCCUACAGUUCUGUGUGGCACGGCGCUGGUCUACACAACUGAACUUGGACCAGAACUAGAUUUGAGCCAUGGUGCUGGCCCGCCCCCGGAUGCAUGUGCCAGGACCCUCAGGAAGGCCGUCCACCGUCUGCCUUUCUGUAUUUUCUUACGAACGUUGUACAAAAAACUGGAUUUUAUACCAAUGAAGUGUUUCCAAGUAGUCCUGGCUGUGUGUAUUUUGCCCAUGGAUCUCCUGAGCUGUUCGUGAUCGGAGCCGGCAUCUUGUGUCACGUUUACUGACUCCGACUGGUGGCCGUACAUCGGAUCUGAAUUAAGUGUCACUGUCCAUGAAUGUCUGUAUUCUCAAGCUCUAGUUAAUGGAAUUCCUGGUGCACUUCUGAUUAAAGCGGAACAUUUAAGAAUCAAA